AUGCUGUGGCCCCCUACGCCCGCGCAGUGUGCGCGAGGCUACAUUAGAACUGCGCAGAAAUUCAGAUUACGCCCACAAUUCGCAUUGAGAGCGGCCGCCAUCCUACAACGACACUAUGCCUCGGACGUUCACCGUUCCGAUAAUGCUUCUCCUACCAAUCGAAAGUCGCUCGCGCGGGUCGCAAGUGCCAGAUAUAAUGAUAUCGGUGUACAACAGUUGAGCGACUAUCUCCAUCCUCAGGUCUUCCCUUCUGGGGCCACGCGACCACGUCCAGAGCUGGUAGAGUUGGCCAAAGACCAUCUGCGCCGGCACGAUCUGCUAGGGAAAAAUCAGGAUAAUACUCCGGCUAUCGGGUUGGAUGUGCCCCCAAUCAUAGGGAAGGAUUUAGACGAGCAUUUCACCAAGCUGGGCCUCGAUGCAUCCGACCCAUACCUGUCAUACGGCAAGGCAUUUGUGCGAGCAAAUACCCCUCAGAGACCGCGGAAAUGGGUGAUUCGAAGUGGGUGGACCAAGUAUAACCCUGACAUGACGACGGAAGAGGUGGAUGCGCCAGACGAGACAAUGCUGUCGUUCGACGUGGAAACCAUGUGGAGAGAAUCGCCGUUCGCGGUCAUGGCCACAGCGGCGAGUCCUACAGCUUGGUACGCCUGGAUAUCACCCUGGUUGCUGGGGGAGACCACAAAUCCGAGGCAGUUGGUACCCUUGGGUGACCCAACUAAACCGCGGAUUGUCGUUGGCCAUAACAUUGGCUAUGACCGUGCAAGAGUCAAGGAAGAGUACGACCUACAACAGUCACGAAAUUUCUUCAUCGAUACCAUGUCGCUGCACGUUGCUGUCAACGGUAUGUGUUCUAGGCAGCGGCCAACCUGGAUGAAGCAUAAGAAGAAUCGGGAUUUGCGGGACAAGAUGUCAGGCGACCACAACUCCAUCGAGCUUCAGACAAUGCUGGAGACCAAGAUGUUGAGCGAGGAAGAGGAGGAACUAUGGGUAGGUAGAAGCUCCAUCAACUCGUUGCGGGAUGUUGCCAAGUUCCACACGGGUAUCACAAUUGACAAGAGUCAAAGAGACUAUUUUGGUGAACUGGACCGAGAAGGUAUCGUUCAGCGAAUCGAAGAACUUCUUGACUAUUGUGCCGCCGAUGUGGCCAUCACGCACAAAGUCUUUCAGAAAGUUUUUCCCAAUUUUCUCGAAACCUGUCCACAUCCUGUCAGCUUCGCCGCCCUGCGGCAUUUAUCGUCCGUCAUUCUGCCUGUUGAUAAAUCUUGGGAUGAGUAUAUCGAGCGAGCGGAAAACACCUAUCUACAAAGACUCAAAGAUGUCGAGCAGCGCCUUUUACAGUUAUCAGAUGCGGCGUUGGAAGUCAAGGACAAGCCAGAGGUCUAUAAUACCGAUCCAUGGCUGAAUCAGCUGGACUGGUCAGGGCAAGAGAUUAAAUACAAGAAGGCCAAAAAGAAGGGGGAAGCACCCAUUCCCGUCGCUCGGCAAAAGAAACCUGGCGCCCCCAAGUGGUACCGAGAUUUGUUUACCUCAAAUACAUCCCCGAUCAACUUGACCGUACGGACAAGAAUCGCUCCGCUGCUAUUGAAGCUGUCUUGGGAUGGCAACCCUCUAGUGUGGUCUGACCAGCACGGUUGGACUUUCCGCGUCCCGAACAAGGACAUUGGGAGAUACGAGCAUAGCAACGUUGUCAGCUGUGACAUGUCAGAAGAGACCAAUCCUAGGCUGAAGUCGGAUUUUCAGCAUACGUACUUCAAGCUUCCUCACAAGGAUGGCCCGAGUGCGCGCUGUGCAUCACCGUUAGCCAAAGGUUACUUGCAGUACUUCGAAUUGGGUACUCUGUCCUCGAAAUUCACUCUGGCGAAGGAGGCCUUGGAGAUGAAUGCGUCAUGCUCAUAUUGGAUCUCGGCCCGAGAUAGGAUCACCUCUCAGCUGGUCGUCAGAGAAGACGAUCGAGAUCCUAGUCUGGCCGGCAAGUCCGAUCAAGGAUUUAUCCUUCCUCAAAUCAUCCCCAUGGGUACCAUCACUCGACGUGCUGUAGAGAAUACAUGGCUCACUGCUUCAAACGCCAAAUCAAACCGAGUGGGAUCUGAGCUAAAGGCAAUGAUCAAGGCGCCACCGGGUUACUGUUUUGUCGGGGCCGAUGUCGAUAGCCAGGAACUCUGGAUUGCUUCAAUUGUGGGCGAUGCCCAGUUUCAGCUGCACGGCGGUAAUGCUAUUGGUUUCAUGACCCUGGAAGGCACGAAGGCUGCUGGAACGGAUCUGCAUUCUAAGACUGCGAAAAUUCUGGGCAUAUCUCGCAACGAUGCCAAAGUGUUCAACUACGGUCGGAUUUAUGGCGCCGGCCUCAAAUUCGCGGCGACGCUUCUUCGGCAAUUCAACCCCUCUCUAUCAGAACAGCAAACAAACGACAUUGCGACAAAACUCUACAAGGAGACAAAAGGUACUCGUACAAGACGUAAGAUUUUCGGCAACAGCAGCUUCUGGCGCGGAGGCACUGAAUCCUUCGUCUUCAACAAACUCGAAGAAUUUGCCGAGCAGGAGCGUCCUCGCACCCCGGUGCUGGGGGCAGGAAUCACCGAAGCCCUCAUGCGGAGAUUCAUCAAUCAAGGCUCGUUCAUGACUUCUCGCAUCAACUGGGCCAUUCAAUCCUCGGGCGUUGACUACCUUCAUCUUCUAAUAGUCAGCAUGGAUUUCCUAAUUCGGCGGUUCAAUCUGGACGCUCGCCUCGCGAUCACCGUGCACGAUGAAAUUAGAUAUCUCGUCAAACACGAGGACAGAUACAGAGCCGCCAUGGCCUUGCAAAUCAGCAAUCUUUGGACCAGGGCCAUGUUCUCCCAACAAAUCGGCAUCGACGAUCUCCCGCAAUGUUGCGCCUUUUUCUCUGCAGUGGACAUUGACCACGUUCUCCGCAAGGAAGUCGAUAUGGAUUGCGUCACGCCCAGCCAUCCGGAAAAGAUCCCCCCCGGCGAGAGUCUAGAUAUUAGUCAGUUGCUCGACAAAGGGGAAGAGGCGUUCUUGAAUCCAGCCAUCGUGCCGAAAGACGGGCCGAUUGAUUUGGACAAAUACCCGUACACGCCGAGACAGAGUGUCAUGGCAGGUCUGAACAGUUCCGGUGAUAUUGCUUAUAUCAAAGCGCAGAUCACGAGCGACGAUCAAGAGCUGAAAACUAUCAUUCGGGAAGCCGAGAAUGAAGCCUCAUCGCCAUCCCCGUCUCCAUCCGGGGUAGGAGCUUCUGCUGCAGCCGGCAGCACGACGAAAGGCUCGACUGGCUCUGACCCUGGCUCUGGCGCUACUACGGGGUCCUCGCCGAGAAGAGGGAGACGUCCGAAACCCAAAGUCCCCAUUCCUCGCCACGCGCAACCGCAGCGCGCAAUGCUCAUGGAGGUCGAAGAUCGCUGGAACAUCGGGUAUAAAAAGGCCUUUGCGCACGCUAGUGGCCACGGCGGUACCGGUACCGGCGGGCAUAAGCCCUGGUUGACGGAGAAGAAGGCACCUGAGUGGUCGAGCCAGUGGGCUCGUGAUGGAUGGGAGGUCUGA